AUGCUUUGUCAAGGCCAGAUACGAUUAAAUGAUCCUAAAGAUCCAGAUGUAAUCGUUCAACAAACCCAAUUGGGAUGGAUUCUGGGAGAAAAUCCACUGGCCCAACCAUCACAUAAUAAUUCACAUGCAGUACAAUGUAACCUCACUACAGAAUCUCAAUUUGAUGUUCAAAAAUUCUGGGAAAUCGAAGAAAUUCCCAGUGAACGUCACUUGUCCAAAGAAGAGCAACUCUGCGAGGAACACUUUCAACAAAAUGUCGAUCGUGACAGCAAAGGAAGAUACAUUGUGGCCUUGCCUUUCAAUGAGAAAAAGGCAGCAUUAUGCGACACUAGAUCAAUUGCUGAAUCACGGUUUAGAAGUCUGCAGAAAAGAUUCAUCAGAAACCCCGAAUUGGGACAGCAAUAUAAGGCGGUCCUGCAAGAGUACAUCGACCUCGGCCAUAUGUCCGAAGUCGAGGAUGACCCAAAUGCUCGAGAAGGUUUCUACCUGCCGCAUCACGCGGUCAUCAAGACUACUAGCCUGACUACUAAGGUUCGAGUGGUCUUCAAUAGAUCGGCAAAGACAAGUGAGACAGCUAUCUCAUUGAAUGACUCACUGAUGAUUGGUCCAAAGAUCCAAGACGGCAUUUUUUCACUCUUACUUCGAUUUCGCUCACACCAAUUUGUAUUAAAUGCUGAUAUUGAAAAAAUGUAUCGUCAAUUCUGGGUGAGAAAGGAAGAUCGGAAAUUUCAACAGAUAUUAUGGUUCAAUUCAGCCAAUCAAGUCAAAACUUUCCAGUUGAAUACAGUCACCUUUGGACUUUCAUCUGCCCCUUAUUUAGCGAUACGUUGUUUAUCUCAACUGGCAGAUGAUGAAAAAGAGGAUUAUUCUGAAGCAGCUCUUCUAAUCAAGAGAGAUCUAUAUGUGGACGAUCUUCUCACUGGAACUGAUUCACUCCAAGAAGCAUUACAACUACGUGAUGAUAUUACGACAGUCUUAAAGAGAGGUGGCUUGAAUCUUCGACAAUGGGCGUCCAAUCACCCUCAAUUACUCGAAAGUCUACCUGAAGGCAGUGUGAACCUUCAGUUGAAGAGCGACAAGGAUGCCACUAUUAAGGCCCUUGGGGUGCACUGGGACCCCCAGAGAGACACCAUUGUAUAUACAGUAAUACCAAUCAGUAAGACAGUUAAACUUACCAAAAGAAGUAUUCUAUCAGAUCUAGCAAAAAUUUUCGAUCCACUUGGCCUCCUCGGCCCAAUUGUCAUUAGAGGGAAAAUAAUUAUGCAAAAAUUGCGGAAAGAACAGAUUGAUUGGGAUGAUCCUGUACCAUUAAACCUUCACACAGAGUGGAAAUCAUAUACUGAUGAGUUAAUGCAACUGAAGGACGAAUCCUUUGAUCGUAAAAUAAUUAUUUCCAAUGCAAAAGAAAUUCAGUUACAUGGCUUUUGCGAUGCAAGUGAAAAGGCUUAUGGUGCUUGCAUUUAUUUGAAAACAAUGGAUGAUCAGGGAAAAUCCCAGACGAGUCUACUCUGUGCCAAAUCCAGAGUAGCUCCAAUCAAACAAGUAUCAUUACCUAGAUUAGAACUUUGUUCAGCUCUGCUCCUUGUUGACUUAUAUGAAGCUGUGAAGAAUGCUCUCAGGCAUCAGAUUUCUCGUACUGUAUUCUGGUCUGAUUCAAUGAUUGCAUUACAUUGGAUCAACACUGAACCACACAAAUUAUUAGUUUUUGUGGCAAAUAGAGUCUCAGGAAUACAGCAGAAAGCAAGAAACGCGGAAUGGCGACACGUCAGGACUGAUCAAAACCCAGCAGAUCACAUUUCUCGAGGACAGAUGCCCCUCGAAUUCACUGAGAAUCUGCAAUGGAAGCAUGGACCACAUUGGCUCAAUAAAGAGGAAUCUACGUGGCCCAGCAGCGAGCUUAAAAUCCCUGCUGAGAUUCCAGAGAUGAGAAAAACUCAAUGUCUCGCAACAAAAAUUUCAGCAAAAAAUGAUCUGUUGACAAGAUAUUUAUCACUGAUCAAAUUGAGAAGAAUUGUAGCUUUUUGCUUGAGAUUUAAAACAAAACAUCGAGGGCCAUUAACUGCUGAAGAAUUAAACAAUGCCAACAAUCAAAUUAUAAAGGCAAUUCAAGCUGAAGAAUUCUCUGAUGAAAUUAAGGAACUCAAGAAAAAUUCUUCUCUUGGUAAAAAAGACAAGUUGAGGCACUUGAGUGUCUUCCUCGAUGAGGAAGGCUUAUUACGAGUCGGUGAUGGAUUGAAAAAUGCUCCAGUCCCUUAUGCACAAAAGCAUCCAUUAUUGUUACCUAAGGGACACUUUUUCUCCAAUUUGCUCAUCAGGCUGGAACAUUUAAUUAAUUACCAUUCCGGAGCUCAAACCACUUUGUAUUCUCUUCGCAGAAAAUAUUGGUUAAUUGAUGGUCGAAGACAAGUGAGGAAAGUAAUAAUAAAUUGCACUAAAUGCAUUCGUCAGAGUCCUCCACCCAGUAAUUACAUCAUGGGAGAUUUACCAAAGACCAGAGUUACUGAGACUAGACCAUUUCUGAACGUCGGAGUGGAUUAUUGUGGUCCUUUUCUCAUGAAAGAGAAAAAAUUCAGAAAUAAGACACAGGUCAAGGGCUGGGUUGCGGUAUUUGUAUGCAUGACUGUCAAGGCUGUACAUUUAGAGGUGGUCAGUGACCUCACCACCGAGGGUUUUAUGGCAGCAUUUAAACGAUUUAUUGCUAGAAGAGGCAAACCCCGUCAUAUUUACUCUGAUAAUGGAACAAAUUUUGUUGGAGCUAAUAAUGACAUUAAGGAAUUAUACUCACUACUGCAAUCAAAGGAGCACAACGAGAAGAUUCAUGGAAAUCUCGCUGACCAAGGAAUAAAUUGGCAUUUUAUUCCACCACUCACUCCUCACUUCGGAGGACUUUGGGAGGCAGGAGUCAGAUGUUUCAAACACCAUUUGAAGAGGAUCUCGGACGAUUUGCUGACCUUUGAGGAAUUCAACACUCUUGUGAUUGAGAUCGAGGCAAUUCUUAAUUCCCGUCCUUUAACUCCUCUAUGCACUGACCCCAAUGAUAUUCUUGUUCUCACCCCUGGCCACUUCCUUACGGGCGACUCUUUGACUAGCUUACCAGAACCAGAUAGGGGCCUCACUCCUUCCAAUCGAUUAUCACGCUGGGAAAUUAUUCAAAAGAAGCAGCAGGAAUUUUGGAAAAGGUGGCACAAGGAGUACCUCAAUGAGCAAAUUGCCAAAACGAAGUGGACAUCAGGAGAACAUCCCAUCAAAGAAGAUUCCAUUGUCCUUAUGAAAGAGAACAACCUACCUCCUCGCCAAUGGGCCAUUGGCAGGGUCAUCCAAGCCUUUCCAGGCAGUGAUGGAGUCAUUCGCUCUGUCAAGGUCAAAACGAUCAAAGGAAUCUUCGAUCGCAGUGUGCGUAAGUUGGCCCCUUUAAUUCGUGGAAUCGAAAGUGAGAAAAAAGAUUAA